AUGCAGGGGGCUUCUGUGGAGACCGCCGCUGAACCCAAGUGCAGCUCCGGCUGCCUCACAUGCGAUGCAAAGGAUGGAUCCUGCACCUCCUGCCCCGCCAAGUUUGGCCUCAACUCGGCCACACCCAAGCGCUGCGUGCCGUGCUCCAGCGCGGCGUGCAUCGACUGCGAUGCGGACUACAGGCGGUGCGUGAGAUGCGCCUUUGGGCUCUACCGGUACCUGGCGCCAAACGGGACCUGCCAGUUCUGCACAGCAUUCGGCGGCCCAUGCGACCGCGAGCUGGGCUGCAACAGCGACGGAUCCUGCAAGGCGUGUGCAUGGGACGCCUUUGGGGUGCGAUAA